UUGUUGCAACUGCGGCCGCGAUUCCGUUAAUUGACUUCAUAUUUUCUGUAAUUCUUUCUGACUAUCUGCGUUCUCUACCCUGACUGACAGUCUUGACAGAAUCUAAUUUUGCACUUUAAUUAACAUCUCAAGACUCAAGUGGAAAGCACACCCGUACUGCAGUGUUUCGAUACAGUACUCCAUUAAUAAUAAUCCGGUCCUUAUUAAACUGCCACAAUUAUCGGCCGCGAUAUUUGGAGCGCAGGGAAGUCUCUGAUAUGCAGGAUACUGUCGAUCCCAUCGUAACAACGGAACCCGCUUUGUCGCCGUCCACCGCCUGUGGAUGGCCGGACCGCAACGAAUCCAUCGUCUUCAACAAUCCCGACGUGAUCUACGCGGACCAGGUGCUGCGUCCGUUGUGGAUGUUUCUGUGUACGACAGGCAAUGUGCUGAACAUCGCGCUCCUGCACAGUAUUCACACCUACCAGACGGUCUUCCUCGUCGGGCUGGCAUGGUUCGAUCUGACCUGCAUGUGGGCGUGGUUCAGUUUGUAUAUCGGGGGAUUCAUUUGGAGAGGUGACGCACUUCCCACUUUCAUCCGCGUUCUGGCCGCUGUCGGCAACACGAUAGCACAAUGCUCGGAUUGGACUCUGCUGGCCUUCAGUUUUACCCGCGUACUCUGCACCAUAUUCCCCUUGAAAGCCAGAUCGUGGUUCACCAUAGGCCGCGCUCGGAUUAUUCUCGUGGUCAUCCUCGUCCUGUCAACGGCCACCUGGCUCUUUGACUUAGUAUCCUCCGUGGCAUUCCCGACUAAUCUGACGGAGCACUGGCAGAUUGAGUGGCUUAAUGUUCACAUUAAGGGAACGGCGGUUACCGAACUAGUCACCUUUUUCGCCAUUUUUGCAUCAAACAUCUUCGUUAUCAUCUUCCUGAAAAUCCAGCAAAUCCAGCGACGAAACCGUCUGGGAAACCCUACGGAAAACCGGCCGAUAUUUCGGCGACGGCAGACAGCCGAUCGCGAGGAGCAUGGCAAGCAACCCAACGGUCACCAUCGCACCUUCUCCAUCCGCUCCCAUGUGAAGAAAUCCCAGACCACCGCUACCGUCCGCAUGUUAACCGCCUCGACUUUUCUGUACAUUCUCACCAAGAGCCCGGUGGUGGUCUACCAGAUCAUGGAGAAGAUGUGCGUGGCACGGAUGACGGAUUACCAGUAUUCCAUCUUCGCCGGCGUGUACAACCAGAGUAUAUUUGCCGGGUAUUCCAUACAGUUUAUCCUGUAUUGUGCGGUUAAUCCGCCCUACUUGAAACGGGCGCUACAUGUGUUGUUGUAUUGUGAAGUACCGCCACCGGCCAGUUCGCCGGCAGGGUCACACCUCCAGUCCACGUCCAGUGGGCGCAGCCUGCGGCGGAAUUCGUCGCACAAAGCUCCAGAGCCGGCGCACAAAGCUCCAGAACCGGUGGGGAUUUAAAUUGAUGAAGAUUCAGGAGUUCGGAAGUUGUCGAAUAUGUAGCUGCGGGAAAUAUGCUUCGCUAACAGAACGCUUAAGUAUUUAUUUUUGGGGAUUGGUAGUUAAACCGUACUUUAGUGGUGUUACUGCAACUAUUAAAAACGGAGCUGCCCACAGCCCAGAGCCUACGGACGCCGAUAGACGACAUCGUCACACGGAAAGGAACUACAUUUGUUCCUGUUCCCGUAUCAGCGACUUACACAGCAUCCUUAACAUAAAGCAAAGAUAACCGAAAUAAUACAGCUCCUCCUGGUUGACUGCAAAAUUUGCUAUUCACCUUUUCGAGCUCUAGCUGUGUGGGCUGGAAAGGAUGGAAGGUCGACUAAAGCAGCUAUGGUUGCGAUUAUCAGAUUCCAGAAAUUAAGCCUCACUUGCGAGGUUUAUACGCAUACAGAUACCCAACUUACGGCUGAACGAUACGGGUGGUUAGCAGCUAUUUUUGUAUAAAAGGGGCUGAUAGAUGCUGAGGCAAGCAUUCCCUGUAUUUGCUGCCGUCACCCGGCUGGAGUACGUUGUGGCUCAACAUGGUGUGUAGCCACAACGUUUAACAUGGUGCCCCUGAAUUUACCGUAAGUACUGCCGCAAUGUUACACUUCAGCCGGGUGACGGCAGCAAGUACAGGGAGUGCUUGUCUCCACUACUGACACCCCCUUUAAGCUCGAUUGCUUUUGAAUACCCGGAAGGUAGUGGUAUUUUAUUUUAUGAAAAAAAUCCCUAAUGGGCUGGAUUUCUACGGACAUGCAAGUUUGGGUUUCAUCAACAGCAACUUGCAAGUAAACGUCCUCCGGAUGAUAGUGACGAUUUAUUAAA